GGAGCUGGAGGGAGUUGGAAGCAGACCAGAGUUGCCAGACGAGUUUCUGCCGAGGUAGGACGAGCUCACUUUCGAGUCUCUCUUUCUCUCUGACAAGAGGCUUCGUCCGCUUCAAUCUUCGUAUACUUACGAGAAGAUCAUUUUACACGAGACAGCAGUGAUAGAAGUGCAGUGCAGAGAAAUUGACGUUUACUCAUUUAUUCGAAAAUAUGAUUUGUUCUGAGAUGUUUGAUUUAUCAGAAUCGUUCGUAGAAACAUCAGCUUGAUGUUUAUUGCGGAUCAAUGAUGUGGAUGAAAAGUGAAAGUUUAUGAGAGAAACAAGUGCGUAUUAUCAAGGAAAAGGAAGAUGCAGUUUAACAAUAUGCGUUAGAAAUUAAUAAACUGUGAAUGUAUGAAAUUCGAUGACAAUGAAAUAGAGAAGCAAAGCAAGAAGUUGCUACACCUGCCGCAGUAGAUCUCGUGGCGCCACUCACGUGUUGCAUGCGUGCCGUGGUUAUCCAUCAUGGUCGCGGACUAGGAACAGCUCCGAUUGGUCGGUUUUGUGGUCACGUGGUAUGGUAAUUGGGCUCCGGUGGGCGGGAAGGAGCGAACGAGGUCGUGGAGGAUCGCGAAAGUGGCGGAAGGAGAGGAGAGAAUAAGCAGCUGUCCACCGGGAGUCCUGUGCUCGUUGUAGCCCCGCUCUUUCCAUUUCUUUUCUCUUUUUCUCCCUCUCCUUCUUUCUCUCUUUUUCCUCCUUUCGAGAAAACGUCACCCCUUUUCGCAAGAGGCGGCGAGGUGUGUACGAUGGACCACAGCGCAGUGCGGUGCAGUGUCAGCUUGUGAGAAUGAUGAAUAUUAAUAUGAAAUGGUGCAUCGAAUCGACGAACUGAUGCGGAGAUUCAGAUAAGAAGGCAGAAUCGCGAAGUGCGGUCGUUUAAGGUUCAUCUGAACUAUCGUGCGUGUGUGUGUGUGUUUUCCGCGAGAAAGUGCUCCAUGAACAUGAGUUCCUUUCUGAUGAAUCCGUCCGCCGCCGGUGGAUAUCAUCACCAUCAUCAGCAUCAGCAGCAGACUGGAAAUCAUCAUUUAGCCACCACUUCCGUCAUGGUUGAUCCGAAGUUUCCCCCCACCGAGGAAUAUAGCCAGAGUAAUUAUAUACCUUCGACUGGCGCAGACUUCUUCUCGGGCGGUAGCAGCGGUCAUCACUUGAGUCACCCGCAAUCUCAACUACAGUACGGCUAUCAUCAGCAUCAUCAUCAGGCGGCAUCGACUCCUUACGGAGCUUCCUCAGCGGUACAAUUGAAUGGAGGAUACGCGGGGUACGGCGGAUAUUACAGCCCUCACCAUCCUCAUCACCAAGUACACGCGGUACAUCAUCCCAGUCUACAUCCUCAUCAUCACGCCGUGGGUGCUUUAGCGAUGCCGCCGGAAGCUCAACAGCCGCCGCUCACGUGUCCGUCGUCGAUACAAAGUCAGCAGCAGCAACAGCAGCAACCACAACACCAACCAUCUGUACCUACGACUACUAUUCUCGGAUCCACGCCUCUGUCGCCGUCUAUAAUGCAGAAUCACGUGCAACAGCCGGAUACCCUCCAGCAUCAUCAACAACAACACGAGAACAAUGCCUGCAGUCCGGCCGGCUCGGGUCAGUUGCAUCGGGAUAAUUCGCCCGAUCUUCAGACGCAACAGUCAUUGUCUCAGCAAUCUCAACAUAUACAGGGUGGCCAACAACAGACCCCGCAGCAACAACAACAACAGCAUCAUGUGGAGGAUAACUCGGAUCCAGAUGACAUAGAAGACGGUCAGAUGGAAGCUUCACCGGGUAUGAUGGAAGAAGAAGAGGAAGAUGAGGAGAACAGAGAACGCACUAUUUAUCCGUGGAUGAAAAAGAUUCAUGUUGCGGGCGUCGCGAACGGCUCGUAUACACCUGGAAUGGAGCCAAAGCGACAGAGAACUGCCUACACGAGGCAUCAGAUACUCGAACUGGAAAAAGAAUUCCACUUCAAUAGGUACCUGACGAGACGACGACGAAUCGAGAUUGCUCAUAACCUGGUCCUGUCGGAGCGACAGAUCAAAAUCUGGUUUCAGAACCGUCGUAUGAAAUGGAAGAAAGACAACAAGCUGCCAAAUACGAAGAACGUGCGCAGGAAGAACGCAAACGGCCAAGCGCCGCCAGCAACGGCGAAGUCGGCGAAGACUUCGGCGACACGAGCAAAGUCCGGCACGGGUAACAAUAACAGCCAAAGGAAAAACAACAACUCGCCCUCCAGCGGUAUGGAGAACAGCCUGGACUCAAACAUCGGUCACGAUAUGGGCGAAGUUCAUGGGGUCAGCACUACUCUUCCUCCUCCCGUGGUCCAUCCAAGCUUUCAAGGUCACCCUCAUUCUCUGGCUCAUGUCCAAGCGCAGCUGAGUCAUCUUCACGUGGGUGGAAUGAUGGACGGUCCGACGGGAGGACCAUUGGGACACAUAAGUUCCGGAAGUAUCAGUCCACUCGCUCCGGCUACCAGCCCUCCUGGAUUGUCACAAGUAUCAGCUCCUGUACCGCCAUCGGCGAUAAAAUCCGAUUAUGGACUCACGUCUCUGUAACAUCCAUACCGGAAGAUAUAUUUGAUGAUGUAACAUUUUCGAUAGUACAUUGUUCUCCGCUGUUUCUUGUGUUCGAUCGGAUAUUUAUUGCAAACUGUAUAAAAGUAAGUAGGUUUAAAUUUUCCUCAUUGCACCGUGGAUGAGAAGAGAGUGAUCAGAGGUUAUUAUUUUUACAUACGGAUUACUGCAAUGACGAUCCAUUAACAUUUAUCUAAACUGGUAAGUUCAAAAUUGAAAAUUUAGCAAGGCUAUUUUAAAGAAGAAAUAUAAGAAUAAUAACGUUUGAUUCUUUGUCUAACGCUGCAAUGAAGAAUAUUUCUUUGUGGAAGUUAGAUCUGAGAGAAAUUUGUAGCUGAAUAAAAAAGGGAACACAAUUCUACAGCGAAAGAAAACAGGUAAUAAUAUCCGGAUAAAAUAUAGAACAUCGUAUCUUAGACUGUGUUAAUAAUAAAUUUGUUUAU